AUGGGGAAUUGCUUCGGCUCUGACGACGGCGAGGUGGAGGCCGUCAAGGUGAUGGCCCGUCAUGCGCUGCCACAAGCGGCAAUGGCGAGGCCAGUCAUGGCCGCGAUCGCGCAGCCCAAUGCGCGCGCCUCGAUGAGCCCAGGGCGGCCACCAACUGGCAAGCCGCCCAGCCCGGCCACAGCCACAAGCACCCGCAGCGGCAGCGGCAGUGGGCGGCCGGUGCCUGGUGGUGGAGGCCGGGCGGUUGCCGGCACGGAGGGGAGGAUCCUGGAGGCGCCCAACCUCCGGAUCUUCACGUUCGCGGAGCUCAGGGCCGCCACGAGGAACUUCAAGGCGGACACCGUCCUCGGCGAGGGCGGGUUCGGGCGGGUGCACAAGGGCUGGGUGGACGAGAGGACCAUGAGCCCCGCGCGGAGCGGCUCCGGCAUGGCCGUCGCCGUCAAGAAGCUCGAUCCCGAGAGCUUGCAGGGCGUGCAAGAAUGGCAGUCCGAGGUGAACUUUCUGGGGAGGCUCUCACAUCCCAACCUGGUGAGGCUACUGGGCUACUGCUGGGAGGACAAGGAGCUACUGCUCGUGUAUGAGUACAUGGCGCAAGGCAGCCUGGAGAACCACCUCUUCAGAAGUGAGCCACGCAAGGGCGGAAGCGCGUCGCCCCAGCAGCCGCUGUCGUGGAGCCUCCGACUGCGCAUCGCCAUCGGCGCGGCCCGCGGGCUGGCCUUCCUCCACUCGUCGGAGAAGCACGUCAUCUACCGAGACUUCAAGGCCUCCAACAUCCUCCUCGACACGCAAUUCCAGCCGAAGCUGUCCGACUUCGGGCUCGCCAAGGACGGUCCGGCCGGCGGCAGCAGCCACGUGACCACCCGGGUGAUGGGCACCUACGGCUACGCGGCGCCGGAGUACGUGGCGACGGGCCACCUGUACGUGAAGAGCGACGUGUACGGCUUCGGCGUUGUGCUGCUGGAGAUCCUGACGGGGCUGCGCGCGCUCGACACGGGCCGCCCCAGCGGGCAGCACAACCUGGUGGACUGGGCCAAGCCGUUCCUCGCCGACCGCCGGAAGCUGGCGCGCCUCAUGGACCCGCGCCUCGAGGGGCAGUACUCGUCCAGGGGCGCGCAGCGCGCGGCGCAGCUCGCGCUCCGGUGCCUCGCCACCGACCACAAGAACCGCCCCUCCAUGAGGGAGGUCGUCGCCGUCCUCGAGGAGAUCGAGUCCAUGCCCAGGGGCGGCGCCGCCGCCGGCUCGGCGUCCCCGCGCCCCGUGUCACGGGGCGGCGCCGGCGCGCACGGUUACGGCUGCCAGUCGCCGCGGCCGGGGUCGGACAGGGCUGGCCCGGCCGCUGGCCACCCGCCUCCAAGAGUGAGAUAG